UUUGGAAUGGGUACCUCUCCUUCCAAGCAAUCAAAGACUUGUUGCAAGAAAGUCUCAACAACUACAGAGCAAGACCGGUACCUACUGUCUGUCUCUAACACCUAACGCUACCCAAAGCCCACCACCACUCUACUUUUCUAUGUCCUUUUGUAUAAUCUCCGUCUCCUCCUCCUCCUCCUCCUCCUCUUCCGUGGCUCCACCUCGGCCUCCUCCUCCUCUGCCUCUUUUUGUUUCGAGCAGCCUUCUCGACUCUCAUGGCGAAACAUCAAUAUGAGAUGGCGUUAACUCUUCUUGUAGUUGCCUCCCUUGGCAUCGUCUCCUUCGUUUCAUGCAUAGCCGCCGAGAUUAAGCGAACGAAGGACGACGAGCUCAAGUUGCUGGGAAGAAUGUGUUAUUUGCCAGAAAGUCAGGCAUUUGGGUUCGGAGUUGCAGCCUUGAUAUGUUUGCUUGCUGCCCAGAUCGUCGGAAAUUUGAUUUUUUGCAGUUAUGUUUGUUCAAGAGAUGAGAAGAAGAAGAAGAUGAAGGGUACGUCUUCUACCACUACUACAACCACCAGCUCCAAAGCCAAAAGACCGAUGGUUUCGAUGGCUCUUUUGUCCAUUUCUUGGAUGAGCUUUGUAAUAGGGGGGACAUUGCUGAGCACGGCAACUAGCAUGAGCAGAGAGCAACCGUACGGACGAGGAUGGCUGGAUGGGGAGUGCUACUUGGUUAGACAAGGAAUCUAUAUUGGUUCAGGGAUACUCAUCCUCAUUGCAAUCGGUUGCACACUCGCCCUAAUCAUCGUCACCGCGACGAGGAGCCGAGUUGAAGAUGGCUUUAAAGUAAAAGACCAAAGCACAAGUAGUGAAUUGCCAUAAUAGAUAAGAAUUUUCUCUUCACCCACUACAGUCCGCGUUCGAACCCUCCCCCUCUCCCUCCCCCUCCCCCUCCCCCUAGUCUAGCUAAGAAUAGAAAUAUCGCU